CAGCCAAAAAAUUACAGCUUAAGAGCUUGAAGUUAUGAUCUCAAUUUGCAGCUUUUUCCGCUCCUGCUACGCUUACGCUCUCCCAAGACCUCCCUAACAGUGGGGAGGCCAAGCGAGCCUUUCUGCGAGGAUCCGAUGAUCCUGCCGUGAUCAUUAUAGGCUCCGACUUCUCGCUCUCGGCGAGUGACUUCGCCCCUCUCCUCCGUGGUGGAGACAUUUUUCUUCAACUGAUCGGUCCCGACACUCGCUAUCUCGUCCCUGUACCACACCAACACGAACAAAAAUAUAAAAAACACGCGGCGUACCAAAGGAGUUACGGCCGAUAUUGCUAAUCCCGCGCACUUCCAAGAAGUACGCAAAAAAGUGUGUAAUCAUUUGAAAGACACGCGACCGCGUAUCUGCGCUACAACAAUAUUUUACUGUCAAUGGCCUUUAAGUUUAUUACGGACCGCAAUAGCGGUGCCUGCACUAUUCGUGAACAGCACGCGAUAAUGUUUCCACUGUCCUUCGAUUUGCACUCGUACCAGGAAAUAACAAUGCUUAUAUUUCCGUUCACAAUAUUAAAAAAUUUGCCUAAAAAUCACAACGAUGCGCACGCACGUCUAUUCACGUCGGAAUUCAAACAACGAAUGUGGGAACCAUACAAUAAUUUAUUACUGAGGGAGUGGGUAAGAAACAAGGCAAUAAGUUAGUUAGGUGUUAGCUUCACUAAACUGAAGAAGUCCUUUUGCGCCACUAAUAUGAAGUUGUUUGAAACUUUUAAAGAGGUUUUCAGUGAAUAGUUCAGGACAUGUGUUACGACUAACUCCAGGGUAGACUAUUAUUAAGCACAACGGUGGAACUCUAACAUAAGUACACUACCUCGUUAAGAGACUCUGAAUUUCCAAUAACAUAGCUAAUCUCACAAUAAAACUACCACAAAUGUCUCUACUUUAUGAAAAUAAAAGUGUGCAAUGUUUUACUCACCCUCAAAUUUACUAGCUGUAUUGCGAAGGUCAUUGUUCUUUGUUUUAGAAAAGAAAAGUUUAUUAUUUUCAGUUUCUUCAAAAAAUAUUUAAUUUUAACUACUCACGCCUUAAACACUAUUAAUUUGAUUGCUCCUCAACCUCAUUAUAUGUUUUGAAAUUUUUUUCUUUUAAUUUGAAAACGGUUAUAUAACCUUGAAUAUCCGACAUGAUAUUGCUAUUUAGGGCUUGACGGUUUCUUUCUAAUCGCUUGCGAAAACCGUAUUCAGUUGCUUUAAAUUGAAGUUUGUCAAGCUUCUUUAAGUGCGUCUGCGCCCAACAUCACAGUAUCUGUGAUAAAUUAGUUAAGUUCCAUAACAUUUUAGUCAGUGCAAGAGCUCUUAGAGAAAAAAGUUAGUCGGUGAGAAAAAUUUCUCUGAAACGGCUGAGCCGAUCGGCUUGAAAUUUACACACGACAUUCUUAAAUAUAAUUUUCAAAUAACAAUCAAAGGAAUAAGAUUUUUGACAAUAAUUUCAAUUCUUUAAGCCACUUUGAAUUGUAAAUUUUCUCACAAAAAAUGAAUUUUUUUGUUAUGGCCGCUAUUUUUUCCAAAAAUCAAAAGUUUCACAACACAGUCGAUUAUUAACUGUAUUCAUGUAUCAUAAUACUAAAUUGCAUUCAUUUUUGGUUUCAGAUAAUUUGCCGCCGAAAUAUCUUCUUCACCGUCAGACACCUUUUUGCGGAGGUCCUUCUGGAGAUCGGCUAAAUUAAUCGCUGAUUUUAAAAGUACAUUGAAUUCGCUUUAUGUUCAUUUUUUUUAAGUCGUAAAUAAAAUGCCACUUCAAAAACAAAAAAUUCACAAAAAUACACAUUUUUUCGGUCUUGUAAGUGGAUUUAACAACCCCUUAAAACUUUUUAAGAUUUAAUAUGAUAUUUUUGUUCAAUUAACCAACACCAACAAAUAGCGAGUUGGAAAAACAUAAAGAACGCACGAAUUAAUUGAGUGCUUGGUAAGAAAUAUCGCUAGCAAUAAAUAACAAGUGUACAACAUAAAUUAAUGAAGCAACAACAAUGCGAAAGCUAAUUAUACAAACAAGAAGUUUGUAUGAACGAAAUGUAUGAAAAAUGCACGUGAGCACUGUGUACACGGCGCAGAUUUUACUAAUUUGGUGAGGUGAGUUACAAUUCACCACACCCACUAAUAACAAGCUACAUGUAAGUUUGCAGACAUGGUGAAAAUCGGGCAAACAGCAUGCUGGCGCCUAAAAGUAAACUACAACAAAGGAAGGGAAGUGCUAUUUUUGAACUCGUACACGACAAGCGCAGACCAAACUAACGUCUGGAUAUUGUUGCUCACCCAAUGGGUUACGCAGAAAAAUACAUUUUUGUUGUUACUACCAAUUAUGUAUGCUUGUGUUGGUGUAGUGGCAGUUGAGUUGGUGAACUUGAGUCAAUCCGUGACUUACUGCAGUUACUUGUGAGCACUUCGGUGGCGAUUCUCACUCAAGCGGUCUCCUGCGCCUGUGAACUGUUCACUGUGGUCUGGCUAUGGGCAAGUGAGUGUGAGCCUGCUCGUUUUAGAGCUUUUCAUUCGCAUUUUCCUAUUCAUCUUUCAGUCGUAUUUUCAAACGCCAAACAUACGCAACGUAGCGCGGUUGAUACGGUGCCGUAAAAACGAUUCACUUUGUUAUAUUUUGCAGCGAGCAAGCAAAGGACAUAAGGACAGUUAGACUGACAGCGCAUUGGUGAAGCAAAAAAUGUAAUUUUGUAUGCAGUGAGAUAACAGUGUAUGUGUGUGUCUAUGUUUAUGCUGAGGCAAAUAAUGGAGGAAUAAGCAAAAGUGAUUUUAAGUGUAUAAAUUAUAUAAAAAUUACUGAAAUAAAUAUUUUUUGUUGUUGCAGCUGUGUGUGUCAUACAUUUAUAUGUGUAGCAAUCUGCAGCUGUCUGAUUUCUUUUGGCAGCUCAAUACUUUUGUGCUUUGCUUAAAAUAAAAAAAAAUUGAAAAAUUAAAAAUAAACGAAGAAAGAAAAACGCAUAAUCCUCUUUCAUGUAAAUCGAAUACAAGUUACCAGCUUAAAGGCUUAGAGCCGCCUGUGUCAAUAUAAGUGAAAAACAAAUUGUUGUUAUUAUUGUUGCUACAAUUUUGUAGAUUUUGGUAUACAAAAAAUAUCACUAAAAAAGCGCAUAAUUAAAGCCGUAAACUGUACGUGGAUUUAAAUUGAACAACAUGUCGACAUGAUCUUCAGGCAACGCAGCAGUUAAAAUGUCAAAACAAUUAUGACAAACGCUACAUAAAAACUAUACAACCUACAACUUCCCCUAGUCUAUAUAUUCCCUAAUUGAAUAUUUCACAAUAAAAUACUCGACCCCAAGAAACAUCGAAAGUUUUUAAAAAGAAUAACACCAAAUAAUAAAGAGAAAAAAAACAAAUAGAAAAAGAAAAAUUAUUUGAAGAAAAUAAUAAUUUUUGAAAAAUAAAAAAUAAAUAUAGCUGCUAUCUAGUUUCCAAAAAUUCUAGUCUAAAAGAAAUAGAAAUCCAGACACUUCAAAAAGUCGAAAAAUUUGUGUUGUGAAUACAAAGCGUUAACUGUAGCGUCGCCGCCAUGGGUAAAAAGAGUUCCAAAUUGAAGCAAGACACCAUCGAUCGUCUGACGACUGACACAUAUUUUACAGAAAAAGAAAUUCGACAAUGGCACAAAGGAUUCCUGAAAGACUGUCCCAAUGGUUUACUCACAGAGCAAGGUUUUAUUAAAAUCUACAAACAAUUCUUUCCGCAAGGCGAUCCCAGUAAAUUUGCCUCGCUGGUGUUUCGAGUGUUCGACGAGAAUAAUGAUGGCUCAAUAGAAUUUGAGGAGUUCAUACGCGCCCUCUCCGUGACAUCGAAGGGAAACUUGGAUGAAAAAUUACAAUGGGCUUUCCGGUUGUACGAUGUUGAUAAUGACGGUUACAUAACGCGCGAGGAAAUGUACAAUAUUGUGGAUGCAAUAUAUCAGAUGGUGGGUCAACAGCCGCAAUCGGAGGAUGAGAAUACGCCGCAGAAACGUGUGGAUAAAAUAUUCGAUCAAAUGGAUAAAAAUCAUGAUGGUAAAUUGACAUUAGAAGAAUUUCGUGAGGGUAGUAAAGCUGAUCCACGUAUAGUUCAGGCGUUAAGUUUAGGUGGUGGUUAAGACACUAAUGCCAACGAACGACUGCAAACUACGUAAAAACGAACAGUAAAUUUACCAAAUAAUAUUUAUGAGAAAUGAUAGAAUGGGAGUAAGGGUCAGCAAUAGCGCUGAAAAAAAUUUAUAUAACUUAAAACAAAAAUUGAAAAAAAAAUUCAUAAAUGGCUCGCUGCAAUAGUUUGCGCUGAAAUUUAAGCAAUCAGUUUUUUUUACAAGAAACUAAAAAAUUUUUCAAAACGCUCUUUAAGUGUUAGAAUUCUUACUUUUUGCAUAAAUAAAAAUACAUUUUUUUCAAUAAAAUAUACUUAAAAAUUAUUUUCACGAAACUUUUGCUAUCAAAAAAACUUGCAAAACGAAAAAAGCAACACUUUCAAAAAUUAAUAAUAAUAAUUAAUUAAAAUAAUAUUAUAAUAAACAUACAUAAUGAGCAAUUUAGUAAUUUUUAUGGACAACAUAUAUGAGAUAAUAAUUUUUUGCAAACAAUUUUAAAACUAGCGUAUAGUUAAAAAACAGUAAUAUAAAUUUAUUGUGAAAAAAAUGCGUUCAUUAGUAUGUAUCACUUAUACACAACAAUUGGACAGCGAAUAAAAAUUUGAAAUCAAUUAGCAAUACAAAGCGAAUACACCAAUUAUUAAGUAAUUAGCAACAAAAAAAAAUAACAAUAAAAUUUAAUUAACAAAAAAUAAAUUGUUUUCAUGCAAACGAAAGUGUCUAGUGAGAAUGUCAUAAAACAAGCCUUCAUUAUAUUUAUAAAUAAAUAUAAAUAUAUAAUUGCAUAAUAAAUAAUAAUUAUUAACCAAUCAUAAAAUUGAUUAAACGUAUUAAAAAGUUAGCAAUUAGCCUUAAUGCAUAUUAGCAUGGCCUUAUGGCUUUGGCGCUGAGGAAGAUGGUGAGGAUGACGAAAAAA